GCACGUGGCCCCCCACCCCGCGGCGUUGCCCGGAGACCAGGGCUGUUUACCAGCAGGACAGAGCCGGGGCGCAGGCGGCGGAUGGAGCGGAACGGCUAGGGGUCUUGAGAAGCAAUGGCCACAGAAGCCCCUGUGAAUAUAGCACCACCUGAGUGUAGCACUGUUGUCAGCACAGCAGUUGACAACCUCAUUUGGCAGCCAAAUUCACUAAAUAUGCACAUGAUACGGCCCAAGUCUGCCAAGCGACGGGCAAGACCGAGUCUGCAAAAAUCCCAGGGCACGGAGGUGUGCGCUCAUCAUAUACCAUCUCUGCCUCCAGCCAUUCCCUAUGAGUCGCCAAGCAGCCAAAAACCAGGAGCCUGUGCACCCACAUCUCCAAACCAGGGAGCUUCUGAUGAGAUCCCUGAGCUGCUGCAGCAAGUACCCAUUGGGGCUUCCUCUUCUCUCAAUAAGUAUCCAGUCCUUCCUUCCAUCAACAGAAAGAACCUGGAGGAGGAGGCUGUGGAAACCGUUGCCAAAAAGGCCAGCUCACUGCAACUGAGCAGUAUCCGGGCUCUUUACCAAGAGGAGACGGGCACCAUGAAGACAAGUGAAGAAGAUUCCAGAGCCCGAGCUUGUGCCGUGGAGAGGAAAUUCAUCGUCCGAACCAAGAAACAGGGCUCUUCCAGGGCUGGAAAUCUGGAGGAACCAUCGGACCAAGAACCAAGGUUGCUGCUUGCUGUCAGAUCACCAACAGGCCAAAGGUUUGUACGCCAUUUCCGGCCAACUGAUGAUUUGCAAACCAUCGUUGCUGUGGCCGAACAGAAAAACAAAACCUCCUACCGACACUGCAGCAUUGAAACAAUGGAGGUGCCCAGGAGGCGAUUUUCUGACCUCACCAAAUCUCUGCAAGAGUGCAGAAUCCCCCACAAGUCUGUGCUGGGCAUCUCACUGGAAGAUGGGGAAGGGUGGCCCUGAGUUCACAGCCAUCCAGCUGAGGUCCUGGGUCUCUGAGCAAAGGAGCAUGCUUGGGCGUCAUGGCCUCCCAGGCAGCCUGUUUCAAGUGCCAUGUGGACCUGGUGCAGCUGGGAAGCUUGGGACUCUCGUCUCCACUGUGUGUCCUCUGAAGCAGUGAAGUCUGUGCCUGCGCCGAGCGUGCUAAGAAGUCUCCCUUCCAGCUGUUCCAUUCUCUCCACCACCAGCGUAACUGGCAAGUUACCAAGGCUGCUCCUGAAACAGCGGUGAUCACGACUUCUCCUUUCCUUCUAAACUGACGGUCCUUCUAAACUGACGGUCCUUUUGGAACACCAGCUUGCCUUUACAGUGAACUGUGAUUCUCUUGAAGCCAAUGUUUUCCUGUCUGUAUUUGAUGCAGGAUUAAACGUUUCCCAGAGAGGAUUCUUGUCUGGUAAAUAACCACGGUGUAGGAACUA